AUGUUUUUUUACUUUCUAUGUCAACUUCUGUUCACACAGUCCUCACUGGAUCUCUAUUUGUGUGCUUUGGCUAUUCUUGGGAUUAUGUUGCCAGCUCAAGGAAGAUGGCUCUCAAAAUUUCUACGUAAUAGUAUCCAGCUGUUGCGUGUUAUUGUGGCUAUUAUUCUUCAAACAAAACUAGAAAGCGUUCCAGCAGCAAAUAUCUAUGCACCAGAGUCUCUUAGGACUGGAUAUUCAAUCUUUGCUUCGGGAUUAAUUGUGGGCUUUGCUAAUCUUGUUUGUGGGUGUGUAUUCUUUCUUACCUACCUCAUUAUUCUCCUGAUGAAUACAGGGGACCUUUUCCAUCCUGAUGUUACAUAUUCAAUUUUUUCCGCCUCUGGCAGGUUGUGUGUAGGAAUAAUUGGAAGCAGCUGUGCAUUAUCUGAUGCUCAGAACUCCUCCCUCUUAGUGAAAAUUCUUGUCAUUGAGAUCUUCGGUAGCGCGCUUGGGCUAUUUGGAGUGAUUGUUGGAAUUAUCAUGUCAGCACAAGCAACAUGGCCAAGAAAAGUUUAA